CCGGUGGCUGUCACAUGCCGUGGGGACCGGAGGGGAGCUGCCCGUGCCCGACUGCCCAUGGUGCAGGUCGAGUUCUACGUGAAUGAAAACACCUUCAAGGAGCGGCUGAAGCUCUUCUUCAUCAAAAACCAGCGAUCGAGCCUGAGGAUUCGGCUCUUCAACUUCUCGCUGAAGCUGCUCACCUGCCUCCUGUACAUCGUCCGUGUCCUGCUCGACAACCCGGAGGAGGGCAUAGGCUGCUGGGAAUGUGAAAAGCAGAAUUACACGGCGUUCAACCAGUCCACGAAGAUAAACUGGUCACACAUCUUCUGGGUGGAUAGAAAAAUGCCGCUGUGGGCUGUGCAGGUCAGCAUAGCUUUGAUCAGCUUUCUGGAGACCAUGCUGCUCAUCUAUCUCAGCUACAAGGGGAACAUCUGGGAACAGAUUUUUCGCAUUUCAUUCAUCCUUGAGAUGAUCAACACGGUGCCAUUUAUUAUCACAAUAUUCUGGCCUCCCUUGCGGAAUUUGUUCAUUCCUGUGUUUCUGAACUGCUGGCUUGCCAAGUACGCCCUGGAGAACAUGAUUAACGACCUGCACCGAGCCAUACAAAGGACCCAGUCUGCGAUGUUUAACCAGGUGCUCAUUCUGAUCUGCACCCUCCUGUGUCUCGUUUUCACGGGGACCUGUGGCAUCCAGCAUUUAGAAAGAGCAGGUGAGAAGCUCUCCCUCUUCAAGUCCUUCUAUUUCUGCAUCGUCACCUUUUCCACCGUGGGCUAUGGAGACGUGACACCAAAGAUCUGGCCUUCCCAGCUCCUCGUCGUGAUAAUGAUUUGCGUCGCCCUGGUUGUGCUGCCUCUCCAGUUCGAGGAGCUCGUCUACCUGUGGAUGGAGCGGCAGAAGUCGGGAGGCAAUUACAGCCGCCACCGUGCCCAGACGGAGAAACACGUCGUCCUUUGUGUCAGCUCCCUCAAGAUUGAUCUCCUCAUGGACUUUCUCAACGAGUUUUACGCCCACCCGCGCCUGCAGGCCUGUUACAGCACUGCGAUGGACAACGGAGAAGCCUGCUUCAUUCUCAGCAGCCGAAACGAGGUGGACCGCACCGCGGCGGACCACCAGACCAUCCUGAGAGCCUGGGCUGUGAAAGAUUUUGCUCCAAACUGUCCUCUCUACGUUCAGAUCUUAAAGCCUGAAAACAAGUUUCAUGUCAAGUUUGCCGUGUGUGUCCCCACGGACACGGCGGUGGUGGCCUCGGUGGGCUGGGAAGGCCAGGAGUCCCCGGAGCAGUGGCAGCGGAUGUACGGGCGCUGCUCAGGCAACGAGGUCUACCACAUCCGGAUGGGCGACAGCAAGUUCUUCAUGGAGUACGAGGGGAAGAGCUUCACCUACGCCGCCUUCCAUGCGCACAAGAAGUAUGGCGUCUGCCUGAUCGGCAUCCGGAGGGAGGAGAACGAGGAGAAUUCAGACCUCAUCUUCAAGCAGGAGGAGAAGCAGAAGAAGAAGGGCUUUGCGGGGAGAGGCACCUACGAUGGCCCGUCCCGCCUGCCUGUGCACAGCAUCAUCGCCAGCAUGGUAGCCAUGGACCUGCAAAACACGGAGUGCCGCCCCGCUAACAGCAGCAAGCUGGCACUGCCGGCGGAGAACGGCUCGGGCAACCGCCGGCCCAGCAUCGCACCCGUCCUCGAGCUGGCCGACACCUCGUCCUUGCUGCCCUGCGACCUGCUCAGCGACCAGUCGGAAGACGAGAUGACGCAGUCGGAUGAGGAGGGCUCGGCGGUUGUGGAGUACGUGAAGGGCUACCCACCGAACUCCCCCUACAUUGGCAGCUCCCCGACUCUGUGCCACCUUUUACCCGAGAAAGCCCCUUUCUGCUGCCUGAGGCUGGACAAGGGCUGCAAGCACAACAGCUUUGAAGAUGCCAAAGCCUAUGGGUUUAAGAACAAACUGAUUAUCGUUUCGGCUGAGACGGCUGGGAACGGACUGUAUAACUUCAUCGUCCCCCUUCGUGCGUACUAUCGGUCCCGCAAAGAGUUGAACCCAAUUGUGUUGCUGCUGGACAACAAGCCCGAGCACCACUUUCUGGAAGCCAUCUGUUGUUUCCCCAUGGUUUACUACAUGGAGGGCACGAUCGACAACCUGGACAGCUUGCUGCAGUGCGGCAUAAUCUACGCCGACAACCUGGUGGUUGUGGACAAGGAGAGCACGAUGAGCGCCGAGGAGGACUACAUGGCGGAUGCAAAGACGAUUGUCAACGUCCAGACCAUGUUCAGGCUCUUCCCCAGCCUCAGCAUUAUCACAGAGCUGACCCACCCCUCCAACAUGAGGUUCAUGCAGUUCAGAGCAAAGGACAGUUACUCUCUUGCCCUUUCCAAGCUAGAAAAGAAAGAGCGAGAGAACGGCUCCAACCUGGCCUUCAUGUUCCGGCUGCCCUUUGCGGCCGGGAGGGUCUUCAGCAUCAGCAUGCUGGACACUCUGCUCUACCAGUCGUUCGUGAAGGACUACAUGAUCACCAUCACUCGGCUGCUGCUGGGUCUCGACACCACACCGGGCUCCGGCUACCUCUGUGCGAUGAAGAUCACUGAAGACGACCUGUGGAUCCGGACGUACGGCCGCCUCUUCCAGAAGCUCUGCUCCUCCAGCGCAGAGAUUCCCAUCGGGAUUUACAGGACGGAGUCACACAUGUUCGCAACCUCCGAGCCCCACGACAUCAGAACGCAGUCACAGAUCUCAAUCAACGUCGAGGACUGCGAGGACACGAAGGAUGUCAAGGAGCACUGGGGCAUCAAGACCAGCCACCACAGGAACUCGUGCUCCAGCGACCAGUCCGAGCACCCGCUGCUGCGGCGCAAGAGCAUGCAGUGGGCGCGCCGGCUGAGCAGGAAGGGCAACAAGCACUCCAGCAAGACGGCCGAGUGGAUCAGCCAGCAGCGCCUCAGCUUGUACCGGCGCUCCGAGAGGCAGGAGCUUUCCGAGCUCGUCAAAAACCGUAUGAAGCACCUGGGCUUGCCCACAACCGGGUACGCUGGAUCGAGCACCGCGGUGCAGCCUUCAGGCGUGAUGCCCCACUUGCCCCCCGGCUUUCUGGCCACGCAGAAACGGUGGUUCAGGACACACUGACUCCGAGUCAGCAAAACCCUUCUGCCCGAGAGCCCCC